ACCUGCGGCCACAGCCGAGAAGACUCACCUGGGUGCCUGGCGCCCUUGGGACCAGUGUGCGCCCCGGAGCCGGGGCUAACCACGCCAUGGGGUGCUCGAGUAGCGCUCAGACUAAAGUCAAGGAGUUCGACCGACAAACUCCCAAGUCCCCGGAGGCCAACGGAUUGCCCCAGUGCGAUGACAGCUUGCCUAUCACAGAUAAAAAUGACACAGGAUCUGACCAGACUAAACUUGAACCUCUGGAGGAGGUGAAGCUUGGAUCUUGGAAAAAAACAGAUGAGGAUCUCCAUAAAGAGGAGCCUGAUGCUUUGAUUCAGGAAAUAACAAAAUGUGACCUUUCUACCUGUCACAGAGUAGAUCCCGAGGGUACAGAGCCUCAGCUAAUGGCACCAGAAGAAAAGUUUGACAGAAGUCAAUGCUUAUCUUUAGACUUCCUUGAAGCUGCUGGACCUCAGGCUGUGGAGUCAACAGAGUUGGCUAGCAAUCCUCAAGUUGCUGCAGAAGCUGCUGGUUCUUCACCUUCAGAACCUCUCCAGGAUAAGAAGCCUGAACCUACUGAAACCUCAGAAGGUGGCACCCCUGAGCCUUCAAAAGAGGAAAUCCGAUGUUUUGUAACAGAAAUUGUGACGGAACUGCUUAUGGAUGAAGAGGAACAGCUAACAGAGGUUACUGUACCAGGUGAGACAGGAGAAAAGAUGGAAACUGAGAUGCACCAUGCGAUAAUACCUGGGGCCUUAGAAACAAAAGAAGAAACCGGAGAAGCUACAUUGGUCACGGAGAUAGAACCAUCUAAUGAAGAAGAAUGACCCAUGGCUUCUGGCUGGACUUCAUGGCUAAACUUUAUGGCUUCCGGCUAGACCUUAUCCUUGAUCGCUCGAUUAAAAUUUAUAUUCCUGUUUGACAGAAAUCUAGUUUUUAUAAGAGCUCGUAUAGACUUAUCACAACUAUUGAAUACUAAGUGAAAACCAUUUUAAUGAAUUUUAAUGGAAAAAUCAAGUUGCCAAGGCACCACUGAGGAACUGCAUUGUUAAACCAUCACACCUGCCAGAAAGUGCCUUCUGCUAUCGGUUCACUGGAACUACAAAUUACAGAACACUUUUACUUGCUUUAGGUAGAAAAUAUGAAGGAUAAUAUAACACAAAUAAUAUAAAUUGUAAAUGCAAGUACAGGUAAUCUUAGAUCUAAGAAUGUAUAUGGUCUAAAAUAGGGUGAAAAUAACCAAAUUCCAGUAGCGUUUUUGCAGUCAUGGAUUAUUUAAUUGCAUUUAGUACAUUUCUUAGGUGAAGUUUCUUGUAAACAUGUUAGAAUUGUAAUUCUUAUCUGGAUGGGGUUAGGCUGAUUUAUAGUAUUAAUCUUAUUUCUUUAAUAUGGUAUAGGAAAGAAAAUACAAAUUACAUUUCCUGAAACUAAUGAAAAUAGUGAUUGUGGUCCUCGAAAUACUUAGAUGAGCACUAGUAUGGAUUGUUGACAUUUAAAAAAUGGAGAUGUAAUAUAACCUACUAAAAAAACAAUUACCUUGCAAAUGUCAGACUAAAAAUGGAAUAAAUGAUUGAUUACAGUAUUCUCUUAAACUAUGCAACCAAUAAAGUGAGCAGAGCUGUGCUUCACUCAUUUUCAGAAACAAAUUUAUUCUUUGCUGCUAUUUGUGUGAUAUGGCUGGUCUCGUGCCUUCUCAAAAGUCUCUAAAAUGUAAUCUUAAACUU